AUGGACGUGAAGAUUACACUACAUUUCACUUGAACGACGUUUGAAAAUGAUCCCCCUCAGAAAUUAGCUCAUUUUUCUGUCAUUAGCAGCGUCCCUCUUUUUUUCAUCCAAUCGUGCUGCAGUUUGCAUGGCAGUUGAAACAGGCGUGCUAGUAUUCAUUAUUCGGGCAGUGAUUUUUUCCUGGGUUUUUUCCCCAUAGUUUCUAGUAACGGGAAUUUAGUUAAGUGGUUCCUGGAAUUUGUCAGAAAAUAGUGGUUAACGAAUAAUCUGGAUUUGAUGCGAAUUAGAAGGACCAGUGAUACUGAAAUAAUUGAGCUCUCGGAGCAACUGAUGUUUGACGUAGUCAUGAUCCGCGAUCGGGAUAAUUGCGUUGAUGUCCUUUUAUCUCCUAUGCCGCCUAUGUUUCCGAUGUAUUUUCAUUUAGCCUCAUAUGUCUGAUUGCGCUUCUCGGUGUGUAGCCAACAGCCUCCAAAUUAUCUUGAUAAAAAGCUCUGAAAUGGAAAUAAGAUCACAAGACUGUCUCUCAGUGGUGCGGUCGGAUGAUGACAAGCGCGCGCAGGAGGUGGCAUUGCUUAAAUAAAUGCUCAGUUACCCCAGAGUCCUAGGUGAGAGAGAAUCACUUCGAUGACAGGAAAAGUGAUGGCCAGUUUUUCCUUCGGCUCACGACAUCGUUUCUCUCAAACUCAGUAAUAAUGCUCACAGCGUGCUGAAUUCCUGGCACAUUGUGAACUUUACGCGCACGAGACAGAGUAAGGAAUUCCACCAUGGAGAAGUUUAACUUGACAGUGCGGGUAAACACCAGCUCGGACGAAAACAUACCCCGAAGGCUCACCUUCUCAAUGUUCAGUGUUCUUAUCCUGACGUUGAUAGUUAUACUGAUAAUCGCGACUUUUUUGUGGAACCUGUUGGUACUCGUGACGAUAUUGAGGGUAAAGACGUUCCACAGAGUGCCCCACAAUUUGGUUGCAUCAAUGGCAGUAUCCGAUGUGAUGGUGGCGGCUCUUGUGAUGCCCCUGAGCCUUGUCAACGAGCUGUCGGAGAGAAGAUGGCGUUUCGGAAGAGUCCUUUGCGACGUCUGGAUCUCGUUCGACGUCCUGUGCUGCACCGCUAGCAUCUGGAAUGUCACUGCCAUCGCCCUGGACCGAUACUGGUCUAUUACGCGCCACUUGGAGUACACUCUAAAAGCAAGGAAGAAAAUAUCAACCAUCAUGAUAGCCAUGACAUGGGCUCUGUCCGCAGUGAUAUCUAUAUCGCCACAGUUCGGAUGGGGAGAAACUUACGCUGCGGACGAGGAGAACUGCCAAGUCAGUCAGGAGCCGUCAUACACCGUUUUCUCCACUUUUGGGGCGUUUUACGUGCCCCUGUCUGUCGUUCUGUUUGUAUACUGGAAAAUUUACAAAGCCGCGAAACUUAGAAUUGGCAGUCUAAAGAGGAACGAGGUUAUCCCCAUGCCAGGAGUUGUACAGGUGAAGGAGGCUGCCCACGUUCCCCAGGUGGCCUUUGCGGCCCGGCAUGCGGGCGUGGCCUUUCAGACGGACGGUGAGACGUGGCGCGAGCAGAAGGAGCGGCGGGCCGCGCUGACGGUGGGCCUCCUCAUCGGCGUCUUCGUCCUCUGCUGGAUCCCCUUCUUCGUGACCGAGCUGCUGGGCCCCCUCUGCUCAUGCAACGUGGUGCCCCCCCUCUGCAAGAGCGUCUUCCUCUGGCUGGGCUACUCCAACUCUUUCUUCAACCCUCUCAUCUACACCGCCUUCAACAAGAGCUACAACAGCGCCUUCCGGAGCCUCUUCACCAAGCAGAGGUGAGGGGGCGAGCGGGCAUGGCCUCAAAAGAACUUGCCAAAGGACAACAUUAAUGCUUGCACACACACACUCCUUCCAAAUUAUUAUUAUUAAUAACGCGGAGGAACCCUUGGAAUUUAAAUCUUACCAUCAGAAUUGCAGUCAGAGGCUGGAUAAAUUGGUACACAAGGAAACCAGAUUGUAGUUUGAUCAGUAGUACUACAAUCAUAUGCCACUACUUUGCAAGAAAAAUAUUUGUAAAUGAUCAUUCUUAUUGUAGCUGUGAACGGACUAGAUCAUUUCCUAUUUAAUUUAUUUGUAGAUACAAUCGUAAUUAUUACUCUGAUAUACUUAGCUGUUUAAUUAAUUUAGUAUUAGCUACAGUUCUAUCAGUGUGAAUUUGUAACUUAUUCAUUUCUGAAUUUUGUUUGAUGAGCCAAAUAGAACCAGGCUUUUUGUACAUAAAAGCAAGAGAUCAAGUUACUUGACAGUUAACUUGUCUAAAUUCAAAUCAAGGCAAAAGGGAAACAUUGCAAUUCACACACCGUCACAUCAAAAAAAUAAAAGAAUCUUACAUGCUUGAUGAUAGAGUUGUGAUUGACUAAAACAGUUUCCCAACCCUGUUACUGGAGACCCGCUGAUUUUCAUUAAUACUCAGGACUUAAUUGAUCAACUAAAGCAGUUCAUUACACAGUGCAUCUCACCUGGUUUCUUGGGUCUGAAUUAUUUGCUGAUUUGAAGUUAAAAACAUAAACUAGACACUACGGCUUUCCAGUACCAGGGCUGUUGACCCGGGGACUACAACCAAGAUUCUUAAAUCAUGUGAUACUACUUUAUAAGCAAUUUGGAAAAACCUGUCUUUAAUGUUUUAUGCACAAAUAAAACUGACUGGUUCUGGUGCUCCAAAAUACAGUUGCCAGGAAAAUGCAAAGGGGAAUGCAGUUACUGGUUACGAUGUCAUCAUUAUGUGAACUGAAAAAAACAUAGUAGAAGCAUAUUUUCUGGACUUUGUGUGUAGGCGCUGUACAGUUUGUAACAAACCACAUUUAAAAGAAAUAAAGCCUGACAAAAUAAAAGCGA